CAGCGGCGCUGCCUGGAGACCGCCAGCGGGGCGGGGCGGGGAGGGGAGGAUGCUGCGGCCGCUGCGGGGCGAGGCGGCGGUGGCAGCGGUAGCGGGGCACUUCGGGGCACGGAGGAUGUGGCGGCAGCGCUGGCGGCAGCAGCGGGCGGAUGAGCGGGGAGCGAUGCGGUGCUGCGCGCCGGGGCCCUGGCCGCACGGCGGGAGCGCGCUCACCACCCUCCUGCUGACAGCGUUUUUGUUAAGCUCUGCUGAUGGCAAUAAUGGAACAGUUAACUGGACGACUAAGCAAGCCCACAGUUAUAUUAUCAGCAGAAUAAAGGCUGUUGAGAAGAAUGUGUACACGAUUCUGUCUAAGGUGCACUCUGAUCGGAAUGUAUACCCUUCUGCUGGAGUUCUUUUUGUUCAUGUUUUGGAGAGAGAGUACUUUAAGGGGGAAUUUCCUCCUUACCCAAAGCCUGGUGAAAUAAGUAAUGAUCCUAUAACAUUUAAUACCAAUUUAAUGGGUUACCCUGACAGACCAGGAUGGCUACGCUAUAUACAAAGGACACCAUACAGUGAUGGAGUGCUGUACGGCUCACCAACUGUAGAAAAUGUGGGCAAACCAACCAUCAUUGAGAUCACUGCAUAUAACAGGCGUACCUUUGAGACAGCAAGACAUAAUUUGAUCAUUAAUAUAAUGUCAGCAGAAGAUUUUCCUUUACCGUAUCAAGCGGAGUUCUUCAUAAGGAAUAUGAAUGUGGAAGAAAUGUUAGCAAGUGAAGUUCUUGGUGACUUUCUCGGAGCAGUGAAAAAUGUAUGGCAGCCAGAACGCUUGAAUGCCAUAAACAUUACUUCAGCCCUCGACAGGGGAGGGAGAGUUCCACUUCCUAUUAAUGACAUGAAAGAGGGCGUGUAUGUUAUGGUUGGGGCAGAUGUUCCAUUCUCUUCAUGCUUGCGAGAAGUGGAAAACCCACAAAAUCAGCUGAGAUGCAGUCAAGAAAUGGAGCCCGUGAUAACCUGUGAUAAAAAAUUUCGUACUCAAUUCCAUAUUGACUGGUGUAAAAUCUCUCUGGUUGACAAUACAAAACAAGUUUCCACCUUUCAGGAAGUGAUUCGUGGAGAAGGGAUAUUGCCUGAUGGUGGAGAAUACAAGCCACCUUCUGAUACACUGAAAAGCAGAGACUAUUACUCGGAUUUCCUAAUUACACUGGCAGUGCCCUCGGCAAUAGCACUUGUGCUUUUUCUAAUACUUGCCUAUAUCAUGUGCUGCCGACGGGAAGGAGUCAUCCAGUUGGUCCACCACAGUGCUAUACAGAAAUCAACCAAAGAGCUUCGUGACAUGUCUAAAAAUAGAGAGAUAGCAUGGCCUCUUUCCACUCUUCCAGUGUUCCACCCAGUUACUGGUGAGAUUGUACCCCCCCUUCACACAGACAGCUACGAUAACACCAGUAUGCCGCUGAUGCAAACACAGCAGAACCUGCCACAUCAGACUCAGAUUCCACAGCAGCAGAGUGCAGGAGAAUUUCGUAUGACAACAUUUCAAAGAUUUGAGAAAAUUCCCAAUAAUAUCCUCAGGAUUAUUAACAUAUUAAUAGUCACCACCAUGAAUAAGAAGAUAUUUCUCUUUUAAAGCUUCAGUAGACCAUAUUUAGUCAUUUGAAGAGCAAACCAUCUCUCCUAACCACUGUCCUCUUCAGGAACUAUCUGAAUCCCCAAUAAGAAACAUUUUUUUUAACCCUAUAUAAAAAUGCGGGCUUAAUAGCUGGCAUAAUUUCACAAAGUUAAAACAGAAUUGGGAAAGGAUUGUAUGAAAGAUGAUGACUCACAUCUAACGUUUCUAUUACACUGCUGGAUAUUGCUGCUGGUCUCCGGUAUGAACAGGUACAUUAAGUUUUAUAAUUGUCUUUCUGUCAAUUGGCAAAAUUCAUGAGGACUAUUUUAAGGGGAUUAGAUGAAAAAGUUUAUAGGAUAUUCCUAUAAUGCAAAAGACUAAAGAGCCGCAUGUACACCAUGCGCUGCGUUUUCCAUUUGGAGCUUCACAAUCUCCCUGUGAAAUGUGUUAGAUGCCAAAUAGAAAGAAAAUGUCCCAGUUAAACAAGCUUUUCCCAGAUCUCUCCCUUCCCAGAAGAGUGCAAGCAAAGCUCUUCCAUGUCUGUGUUGUCUUUUGGUCCAGGUUGUACUUGUGUUUCUCCAAUGUGGUUGUUGAUAAGGGACUAAUAAAUACUAUUUAUGUGCUGUGCUACCAGUAGGCAGUUCAAUAUUGUUAAAGCAUCAUCUACCACUGAUGGAUUACAUAAAAUCUUAUCUCCUUGCAGGUAAAUGGUAUUCCUGAGGAAAGAAAACUAACAGAAGCAAUGAAUUUGUAAUUGGAGAAGGCAGCAAAUUGUCUUACUUCCUUAUUUGUUCUGAUUGAUGCAUGAGUUUUUCUGGUGUACAUUGUGCAUGUCCACAGUAUUGAGAUGAUUUCAGUGCCAGAGAGCACAAUCACUUCCACACAACUAAUGUACUGUAUCCUUUUGUACUUUGGACGUUUUUGACAAUUUGUAAACACCGAUAACUUUUUAUAUUUGUUACCUUCAGAAAAGAAUCUUUCAAAUAUAUGUAUUAAUAAAUAUCAAACUUUAUUCUGUCUUGUGAUCUCUCCUGAAAGAUGUAACAGGGAAAGCAAAGCUUCAAAAUAAGCACCAGGUUUGAAGGACUGCAGAUUCUGUUUGAUGGGAUGAUACAAUUGCCUUACAUUUGCACACAAAAAGCACUCAUGUGUAAGCAUGAAAACUUGUGCAUUAGGAUGAGGCUCAGAAUAGUAUUCCAGAUUUAUUAGGUUUUAGUUUUUUAGAGAUAAUCAAAAUUUAAUGAGCAAAGUUAUUUUUGGAGGAAAAAAAAAAACCCUAACAAAAAGCCCCAAACAAAACCCUAAAACAAUUCCUGUUGAAAAUUGUAUUUCUGUUCCUUUACCAGAUCUUUACCCUAUUUGAAAGCUUUUAAGCAAUAAAACAUUUAAAAUCUGUCCAUUCAUUCAUCUGCUUAUGUUAGAAAAGACUGUUACAAACUGCAGAAAUUAAUGACUGCAGCUAAGCAAGAGAAACUUUCGUUAUGGACUAACUUUUAACUCUUUAAACAUACCAUUUACAUUUUUUUUGUGUGAUGUUGCUCAUGCCCCAGUGCAGUUCAUUUUUUGUAUCUUCUACCUUCUUUGUUCUUUCUGGAGCAAAAAGAGUUGUGGGAGAACGAGUGAUCCAAUACACCAGGGGUUAUAUUUUAGCAUCUUAAAAAGGAGUUGAUUAAACACACACCUUCCUGGAAGUGCUGAUUUUGAGAGGCAUUUGUCUGUGCAGCCAAAAGGUUAAUAAUACAAACUUUGUUAAAAGGAUCUGAGCUGAGGUUGCCUCAUUUUUCAGUAGCUGGUGAUAAUUUAUCUCCUGACGCUUUUCUGCGUAUUUUAAGUGUGUUUUUCUGAUGCUUCUUUAAAUCCUCAAAUGUAGCGUAAUAGGACUUCAGGGUCUCCAGCUCACACCAACAGCUCUUGGGGUUUGAACUCGCAGCACUGUACUGGUUUGAGCUGACACUUAUGCUUUGCCUUUUCUCUGCAGUUUUCUCUUUCAGAAGCUGUAUGUUCAUCAGGACGUUGCCCUGUAAGCAGAAAGCUGCAUCUGCUCUCUAAUUGCUAAGUGCUGGCUGCAUUGCCUUAGCUGAGCUUUCUGAGGUCUCUGCUAAGAGAAAUUGGGAGUAACUUAUGAAUUUAAGACUGAGAGUAAAAAGAAACUGGGAAAUAAGGUUGUAAGAGUUUGUGAAAAGACCAAAGUAGUCACUGGCUUUUUUUUUUUUCUUUAACUUUUUAUGGUUAUGACCCUGUUUAUUCAAAACACAAAACCUUAUUUAUGUUCAUUUUUAAGCAAACAAUGAUGAGUUUAUAGGCUUGGACCUGAAUGUAACACCUCGGUGGAUAGUUAAAACAAGUCCUGAGCUUGUUUUUAGCUCUUUAGAUACAUUUUGUGUGACGAGUAUAACUAUUGCAGCAAGGUGCACAGUCAGCACUCCAUACAUUGUAGGCACUUGUAUAUUAUCAAGCCUUAAACGUCAGAGUUUACAAGGCUGCCCUAAAUGCCAAGCAUGACCUACAGAAUGUGUUAACAAAUGCCCCUAGCCACAGGCAUAAUGCUGGUGGUUGUUAUGCUACAAGAGGUAGCUCAGCUACAGCCGCAGAAGUUGAAAACCAAUUUAGUUGUUGAAACAGUGGGAAUAAAGAGCCAUUCCUACUCACCUCCAAAGCAGCACGCAUCAUGCCCACCUACCUCAUCCAGAAAGGACCAGGGAAGCGGUUUCAUCAGUCAGCCGGCCUCCUAAGAGAGCCCUCCUUUUUCCAGCAGCUUGGAUCAGUGAAAAGUGAAUUGGGGAACUGCACACUGAGAUAUAUGGGAAAUUAAAAUUCACAGCUUUUAUCCCUGCUGUGAGAAAUUUAAGUCCAAUAAGAAUUUGUUUUUUCCUCUGUUCGAUUAGUUUCUACUACUAUUUUCAAAUCAUGAGCUGUCAGUGCUUUGAAACAGAAAUGAAUGGAAUGGAUUUUAAAUAAUGAUUUUUAAUGCAAUGUAAGAUGAAACUUGUAAAUAGUAUUGGGUUUAGAUCACAACGAUUUCUGAUAACUUGAGGAUGACGUGACAAUCAGUUACCUACCAGUUGAGCUGCUCCCAUCUUACUUGUAUUAAUACGUAACAGUGCCAAUAUAUUUAAGGAAAUCUCUGAAGCUGUUAUGUACAUGCAUAAGGAAUCAGUGUGUGCCAGAGGGGCUCCACCUGUUCUGAGAAGAAUCUAAUGGUGUAGGUGACUUGGGUAUUAAGCACACCUGAACUAUUUUAUGAUUGAAAGUUUCAUUUAUUUGAGGUAAGUUUAAUAACAAAAUAUUUAUUUUUACUUUUUAAAACAAUUACUAUGGAAGCAUAGAUUUAUAAAGCAGGCUAAAGACAUUUAAUGGUUAAAGAGUUAGUAACAGUUCAAAGUGCCGAUAGUUAAAACAGUACAUUCCUAUCCUCUUUUAACGAUGUACGAUGACCGUAUGAACUGAUAUUGUGUUGAUGAAGUGACAGUUGCAACCAAAUCAAAUAGAAAGCACUACAGAUGUCUUUGUAAAUAUAUGAAAUGUAAAAUCUAAUAAAUAGGAAAACAUGAAGUA